AUGUCCUCUGUUAAACCAAGAAUACAACGUUCUCAUAGUAUCUCAGGAGUAUCUAUCGCUUCGUCAGCCAUAUCCACUCAUACUCAGGAUGACUUAGAGGAAACCACUCCCCUGAUGACUCAUCAAGAAAUACGGGCUCCCGGCGGGUUCCGUAGAUCUUUUAUCCUACAUAGAUAUUCGAUAGAUCACCAAGAUGUAUCGAAUCCAGAUAUUGAGUCACUAAGAAAUAGGUUGCCCCGUUUCAAAACGAACAAACAACAAUUUGAUGAAUAUUUGUUCCAAUUAUACGGUCAUUUCGCAGGUCAAGAUUUGUCAGAAUCCGAUAACGAAGAAGAACAAGAAUUAGAACCCACUCCACCUUCAUCCCAGCAUAACAAAUCUUCCACCACAAAGGCUAUUUUAUUGCUUUUAAAAUCAUUUAUCGGUACAGGUGUAUUAUUUCUACCAAAGGCCUUUAGCAACGGUGGAUACGUCUUUAGUCUCGUAUCUUUAAUCAUAUGUUCCCUUAUAUCAUACUACUGUUUUAUUCUUUUAUUAGAUACCAAAUCAAAAUUAAACGUAAAUGGGUAUGGUGAUUUGGGUUUGACUCUUUACGGUUCCAUCUUACAAAAAUCAAUCUUACUCUCCAUUGUACUAUCACAGCUAGGGUUUGCUGCUGCAUAUAACGUCUUUACAGCGACAAAUUUACACUCUCUCUCAACAAGUCUCAUCACAAAUCCUCCAGAUUUUAUAACAAUCCCAUUUUGUAUCCUUCUCCAAACUUUCCUAUUUAUACCUUUAUCUUUCACAAGAAAUAUUACAAAAUUAAGCAGUACAGCCCUUAUCGCAGAUCUCUUCAUCUUUAUCGGACUUAUCUAUUUGUACUACUAUCCAAUCAAAAUCAUCGCUACCAAAGGUCCAGAUUGGCAAACAAUGACUCCAUUUAAUACCAAAGAUUGGUCAUUAUUCAUAGGUACUGCAAUCUUUACUUACGAAGGCAUUGGUUUGCUUAUCCCUAUUCAAGAAUCUAUGAAAUCACCUCAUCAUUUCAAAAAAUCUUUGAUAUUGGUUCUUGUCAUAAUCACAUUGGUUUUCAUAACUAUCGGAUUAUUAGGUUAUUCCGCUUUCGGAUCUAAUGUAGAUACGGUCCUUUUACAAAACUUCCCUCAGGAUAACCCUUGUACUUCUUUAGUUCAACUCCUUUACUCUUUGGCAAUUUUAUUAUCUACUCCGUUACAAUUAUUCCCAGCCAUCAAGAUUUUAGAAAAUUGGAUCUUCUCUAAAGAUGCUUCAGGGAAAUAUAAUCAUUCUAUUAAAUGGGCCAAGAAUUAUUUCAGAUCCACUAUUGUCAUUUUAACUUCACUAAUAUCAUACCUAGGUGCCAACGAUUUAAACAAAUUUGUAGCACUCGUAGGUUCAUUUGCUUGUAUCCCCCUCAUAUACGUGUACCCACCUUUACUUCAUUACAAAGCUACUCAAUUGGAUAAUACUUUUACUUGGAAAACUUUAUUGGCAGAUUUUAGUCUAUUAACUUUUGGUAUUAUUACAAUGAUAUAUACGUCUUUACAAACAAUUAUCCUUUGGGGAGAAUAA